UACCCCCUCCCCUUCUCUCUCUCCCUCUAUCUCUCUCUCCCGUUGCCAUCGUUUUGCUCCCACAGACAAGAAAAAAAUGACAACUUACACGGAUAAAGGCCAGAAGCCUGAAAGAGGCCGGUUCCUCCACUUCCACUCCUUGACGUUCUGGAUAGGAAAUGCAAAGCAGGCAGCUUCCUUUUACUGCAACAAAAUGGGGUUUGAAGAAUUGGCCUACAGAGGUCUGGAAACGGGGAGCCGAGAGGUAGCGUCCCAUGUAGUUAAGCAAGACAAGAUUAUAUUUAUCUUCUCCUCGGCUCUCAACCCUGGAAAUCAAGAAAUGGGAGCACAUUUAGUGAAGCACGGAGAUGGCAUCAAAGAUAUUGCCUUUGAAGUGGAGGACUGCGAUUUCAUUGUGCAGAAAGCCAGAGAGCAUGGAGCCCAGGUUGUUAAAGAGCCAUGGAUAGAAGAAGAUAAAUACGGGAAGGUCAAAUUUGCAAUCGUUCAGACGUAUGGAGACACCACGCACACCCUAAUAGAAAAGAUGGACUACAAGGGGCUUUUCCUGCCGGGGUUUGAGCCACCCCUCUUCAAGGACCCGCUCUUAAAAAGAUUGCCACUUGGAAAACUGAAUUUCAUUGACCACGUGGUUGGGAAUCAGCCUGAUCAGGAGAUGGUCUCAGUGGCAGAAUGGUACCAAAAAAACCUCCUCUUUCACCGCUUCUGGUCUGUGGACGAUAAACAGAUGCACACAGCAUUCAGUGCUCUCCGGUCUAUUGUGGUGGCCAACUACGAGGAGUCCAUUAAAAUGCCCAUUAACGAGCCGGCUAUGGGGAAGAAGAAAUCUCAGAUCCAGGAAUAUGUAGAAUAUUACGGAGGUCCUGGUGUCCAGCACAUUGCUCUGAAUUCCUCAGACAUCAUUGCUUCGAUCACAAACUUGAAAGAACGUGGCAUGGAAUUCAUGGCAGUCCCUUCCAUCUACUACCAGCAACUUCGGGAGAAGCUAAAGUCAGCCAAGAUCAAGGUGAAGGAGAGCAUCGAUAAAUUGGAGGAACUCAAAAUCUUAGUGGACUUUGAUGAGAAGGGAUACUUGCUCCAGAUCUUCACAAAGCCAGUUCAGGACAGACCAACUGUCUUCCUUGAGGUCAUCCAGCGCUACAACCACCAGGGAUUUGGUGCUGGAAACUUUAAAUCUUUGUUUGAAGCGAUCGAACUGGACCAGGAUGCCCGAGGAAAUCUCACCGUCCUGACACCCAACGGAGAAUCCGACUUUGCAUAAUGCUCAGUGGCAAACAACAUGGAUAUACUAGAAGUGGAAUGCAGUACUAAAGAGUUGGGAGAUUUCCUUUCCAUUCAGGCUUUCCCAAAAGCAGUUCAACAGUCUUCCUUUUUAAUUUCUUGGCUAAAUAAAACAAUGAUGAAUAGGC